GCCGACUAAGACAUUCGGCACGCUGGCGUCGUGGCACUCGUCGACUUGACUCUUCUUGAUUUGGAUUCAUUUGCCACACGUGAUCGCUCGAAGGAAGCCGUCGAGGUGUUUUUGGUUUCGGUGACAUCCCCCCGUUCCCCCCACAAAAAAAGAACAAAAUCCCCGAAAAAUGAGGGGUCAUCGAAGCAACGAGCUGCCCGAAGAUUUCUGGAUACCCGUCCCUUUGGACACCAACAACAUCACAGCGCUGAGUCCGUUCCUGGUUCCUCAGGACCAUCUGGGGAGUUCCGCCACCUUUUAUGGCAUGGCUGCGUUCAUGUUCUUUCUCUUUGUGGGGGGGACGUUCAUCAACGCCCUCACCAUCGCUUGCACCAUCCAGUACAAGAAGCUCAGGUCCCACCUGAACUACAUCCUGGUCAACCUGGCGCUGUCAAACCUUCUGGUGUCAUGCGUGGGCUCCUCCACCGCGUUCUGCAGUUUUUCGUCAAGAUAUUUCAUCCUGGGACCGUUGGCGUGCAAGAUCGAAGGGUUCUUGGGGACGCUUGGCGGUAUGGUAAGCCUGUGGUCUCUCGCUGUGAUUGCUUUUGAACGAUGGCUGGUCAUUUGCAAGCCUCUGGGAAACUUUGUUUUCAAACCGGACCACGCCAUAGUUUGCUGCGUGUUCACGUGGGUGUUUGCAUUGAUCGCCUCGGCCCCGCCGCUUUUCGGAUGGAGUAGAUAUAUCCCGGAGGGUCUCCAGUGCUCCUGCGGGCCAGAUUGGUACACCACAAAUAAUAAAUACAACAACGAAUCCUACGUGAUGUUCCUCUUUAGCUUCUGCUUUGCCGUGCCGCUUGCCACCAUUAUCUUCUGCUACGGUCAGCUGCUCAUUACGAUGAAAAUGGCGGCAAAAGCGCAGGCCGAGUCUGCCUCCACUCAGAAAGCAGAGAAGGAAGUGACCAGGAUGGUGGUUAUCAUGGUGAUGGGAUUCCUGGUGUGCUGGCUACCGUACACGACCUUUGCUCUUUGGAUCGUCUUUAACCGCGGGCAGUCCUUUGACCUGCGAAUGGCCACCAUACCUUCUUGCUUUUCAAAGAGCUCCACGGUCUACAACCCGAUCAUCUAUGUCGUCUUCAACAAACAGUUCCGCUCGUGCAUGAUGCAGAUGCUGGGAAUGGGUAGUAGUGAAGAAGAGACAUCGUCAUCUACGACUUCAGUGACCGAAGUCUCCAAAGUCGGGCCUGCUUAGAGGGCGCGCUUGCGGAUUUUGAUGCCGCUGAAGAGUCAGUCACUUGUAAAUAAUAUCAAUGAAUGUUUUCGCAAUGUUAAAAAAAACAACCAAAAAAAAAACAACAACCCAACAUUCUAAUAAAGUCAUGUGCUUUUACAA